AUGGACCGAGAUGGUGAACAGGGCGAGCGAUAUGAGCUAGCGAGUUUGUUACUCAGUAUAUGUCCUCAAUUGAAACCAUUGGAGUUGCCUGGCGAGCAGCGCCGGCUCUGGUUCUUUGGCUGCUUGGCUGGCGGGAUUGGCAGCUAUGGAAGCAUACGACAUGUCGCUCCACCACUGGUUAGUGCGCAGGCCAACACGGAGCUGCAUUCCUAUAUAAUCGACGGCUGUCCUACCAUGCGCCGUGGAAGAGAAGAAGAGCCAAGUUCCUCCGUCAUGGAAGAAGCUAAAUCAUGUCCGUUGUCCCAGCCUACGGCCGUGCGUGCAUCAGAUCCGUCGGAGGAGGACUCUCUUUUCGGUAUAACAGGCGGCGGAGGUGGGAAAACAAAAGACAAACAAUUGAAAAAAUAA